ACUGUAACCCGGAAACACAAAGGCCCAGAGAGCAGCGGCGGCGGUUGAGGAAAUGGUUUACGUGUCGAACGGACAGGUUCUGGGCAGCAGAGGGCAAGCUCCAUGGAGAUUGUCGUCGAUCGUUCAGAUGUUUUGGGGAAUAGUGGAGUUCAUUCGUUACUUCUUCCAGACGAUGAUCAACCCCACUGGGGCCGAUCAUAGGACCACAGGGAGUGUGUCAUCCUGGGGCCGGCCCGACGAUGGAAGAGGCCCUCCAGGGGUUCCACGAAGAAGAAUGGGUCGAAUAAAUAAUGGCAAAGGUGGUCCACCUCCUCCCCCCAUGUCAGGUGGAUGAGGAAGGUAAACGCCUGCUUUUAAAGCGGGCGUCCAGGCACAUUCACGAGGAGGUUGGUAACUGAGAGGUUGGAAAGACCAGAUGUAUUCGUGAUGAUGGUGAUGUGAACAUGCCUGUCCAUCUGCAAGAGUUGCGCUGUGUUAAAUACACAGAUUAAUGAAGUUGUGCUGGGAAAACCUGAAUGUAAAGGUGCCGGUACAAUGGAGAGGCAACUGUUACAGUAUCUUGUCUUUAAUAAAAUUGACUGUUGGACCAUU